GCGGGGUUGCCCGGCCCUUACCAUCCAUGGUGGGGUGUGGAGGAGGGAAACUUUUUCUCUUUCUCAGCACAUGUUUUUAUUGAUACCCCUUCGACCGUGUUGGUUUUAUAUAUGCUCCAUUUCUGCCCCCCAUAGAGUGCGGUUUCUUUACCCGUUUACCGAUCGACUUUGCCACUUCCGCGUCGCUUGGUAGACCCUCGAAGGCAACCCCGCCAUCCUAAAAAGCUUCUGCCGUUUGUGAAACCUAGAUCAGCGCGCCAAUCGCCAAAAUGGUCGAGAAGCUCUACGUUACGUACAACGAUGUGCACAAGUUGUGCCAGGAGGCGGCUCCCAAGAUUCUGGCCGAGUUUCAGCCAUCGCUGAUGAUCGCCAUCGGCGGCGGCGGCUACGUCCCUGCCCGGAUCCUCCGUUCUUUCCUCCGGCAACCCGGCAGCCCCAACAUUCCGAUUCAAGCAAUCGGCCUGUCGCUGUACGAGCAGCUUCCCAACUCGUCCGAUGCGCAGGUCGAGGCGGCAGGUACCAAGGUCACGCGCACGCAGUGGCUGGACAUGACGGCGCUGGGCGAGAUGAAGAACCUGGUGGGCAAGCGCGUGCUGAUCGUCGACGAGGUGGACGACACUCGCACAACGCUCGAGUAUGCCGUCAAAGAGCUGCAGAAGGACGUUGAGGAGGCGCGCGCGCGGAUGGGAAGCGAUCUGAAGACCGAGUUCGCCAUCUUUGUGUUGCAUAACAAGGACAAGAAGAAGAAGGGCGUCCUGCCUGACGACAUCGUCAACGGCCGGUAUCUUGCUGCCCGGACAGUCGGCGACGAGUGGAUUUGCUACCCAUGGGAGGCCAUGGAUAUCGAUGAGCACGACAGGCUGGCUGCCGAAGCCAAGGCCAAGGCCCAGAAUGGCGUGUGAUGGCCGGCAUGCGUAAAAUCGAGGCGAGCAAAAAGCAAAUCAGCCGACCUGGCGUGCAUCUUCUGCAUCCGGAAGGUAUAGAAGAGGGAUUGGCGACGCCAGCUACAACCACAUUCUCGACGGGAGAAGCCCGUCAAUAUGGGUGGGCGUUGUAUCCUCACUGAGCGUUCAGUUGAGCCACUGGCGAUCGAUCGGGGGCGGCAACGUGAGCAUUGGCCUUGGAGUUCUCUGGGAGGCGCGCAUCAUGUUGAUGACUGUAAUUGCAGUUAUAGAACGGGGCGGUUUCGGAAUCAGGGGCAGCUGGG